CAGUGUAAUAGCUGCUGUUGAGAAUCUCAAAGCAGAGCUGAUGAACCACAUAAAGGGGGGUGGAUCUGGGAGUGCUUGGACCAUGCAAUAAAAAAGAAAAGGGGGGUUCAAGGCUGCACCCCGCCAUCCUGGACACCCCAUCAUCACCCAUGGAUUUAUCCUGCACCCUGGCACCUCUUGUGCACUGGAAGAUGCUUUCUGCUGCAGCACCUCUAUAACAGGGGACAUGUAAUUUGCUGCUACACUGGGGGGAGGGUCUAUUUAUUUAUUUAUUUUCUGGAUCCUAUAGAGAAUCUAAAGAAAUAUAUAUACACAUCUAUUUAACUAUAUAUUGCAAAGAUGAAAAAGCAGUUCAAUCGGAUGAGGCAGCUUGCCAACCAGACAGUGGGAAGGGCUGAGAAGACAGAGGUCCUGAGUGAUGAUCUUUUGCAGGUGGAGAAACGUCUGGAGCUAGUUAAACAGGUCACCCACAGCACCCAUAAGAAACUUACAGCAUGUUUACAAGGCCAACAAGGAACAGACACUGAUAAAAGAUCGAAAAAGUUACCACUUAUAACGCUGGCUCAGUGCCUCAUGGAAGGAUCUGCUGUCUUAGGGGAUGACUCCUUGCUUGGGAAGAUGCUGAAGUUGUGCGGAGAGGCCGAGGACAAACUAGCACAGGAGCUUAUGCUCUUUGAGCAGGAGGUGGAAAGGGAUGUGGUAGAGCCACUGUUUGUGCUGUCGGAGGUGGAAAUCCCCAACAUCCAAAAACAGAGGAAGCACUUGGCCAAAUUAGUCCUGGACAUGGAUUCAUCGAGAGCGAGGUUUCAUCAGUCUGCUAAAUCCUCCGGGAUUUCCAGCAACCUGCAACCUUCUGGAGCGAAGGCCGAUGCACUCAGGGAAGAAAUGGAAGAGGCAGCUAACCGCGUGGAGAUCUGUCGGGACCAGCUGUCGGCAGAUAUGUACAGCUUUGUGGCCAAAGAAAUAGACUAUGCAAACUACUUUCAGACAUUAAUAGAAGUACAGGCCGAAUACCACAGAAAGUCGCUCGCUUUAUUGCAAGCUGUCCUGCCACAAAUCAAAGCCCAACAGGAGGCCUGGAUUGAAAAGCCAUCAUUUGGGAAGUCCUUAGAUGAACAUUUGACAGUCAGUGGCCGGGAGAUUGCAUUCCCCAUUGAGGCAUGUGUCACAAUGCUCCUGGAAUGUGGAAUGCAAGAGGAGGGUUUGUUCCGAGUUGCUCCAUCAGCCUCCAAGUUGAAGAAGUUAAAAGCUGCUCUAGACUGUUGUGUGGUGGAUGUGGCUGAGUACUCAGCUGACCCUCACGCCAUCGCAGGUGCAUUAAAGUCAUACCUCCGAGAGCUUCCUGAACCCCUCAUGACGUUUGAACUUUAUGAUGAAUGGAUCCAAGCUUCCAAUGUCCAAGACCAGGACAAGAGACUGCAGGCUCUAUUGAAUGCCAUUGAGAAGCUUCCUAAACCCAAUUACAACAACUUAAAGUAUGUAGUCAAGUUUCUAGCCAAGUUAACAGAGUUUCAGGAUGCAAACAAGAUGACUCCCAGCAAUAUGGCGAUUGUGCUGGGGCCUAAUCUCCUCUGGCCACAAGCGGAAGGCAAUAUUACAGAAAUGAUGACAACGGUGUCCCUACAGAUAGUGGGGAUUAUUGAGCCCAUAAUCCAGCAUGCGGACUGGUUCUUUCCAGGCGACAUAGAGUUCAAUGUGACUGGUAACUACGGCAGCCCUGUACACAUCAACCACAAUGCUAACUACAGCUCCAUGCCCUCACCAGACAUGGACCACUCAGACCGCAAGCAGCAUGACCAGGCCAGGAGACCGCUCAGUGUGGCGACUGAUAACAUGAUGCUGGAGUUCUACAAGAAGGAUGGCCUUAGGAAAAUUCAAAGCAUGGGCGUCAGGGUGAUGGAUACUUCCUGGGUUGCCCGGCGCGGAUCUUCCUUAGUCCGCAAAGGCCCCUCUACCCCGCCCGCCAUGCAGCCCCCUGCUCCUCCGUUCGAUACCGCAGCCACACCUCAGUCACCAAAUCCCGACCUAUCUGUAGAAACUCCUUCCCCUACUCCUCCCAGUAGCGGCUCCCAGCCAGGUCCUGAGAGGACAAGUGGAGAUGAGAUUUCGCCCCAGUGGUCGGAUUCCUGUUACAACUAUCCCUCCCCUGAAGAAGACAGACCCCUCUCGUACCCAUGCUCACAUCACCCUACCCUCCAUCCUCACCUUCCAAAAGCUCCGCCAUCUGCUAGGCCUGAUGCCACCUCUACCUUUCGGUGGGCUGGAUACAGCCAAACUUUACCUCCUUCUCCUCCAAAGCUUGACAUAAACUCAAACCCAAAACCCUGCUUUUUACACCUCACUAAGCAAAGCUCCCUCACUGAACCUCACGCUUCUGAGCCUAAUGUAUCACCCCUCUACAUCAAAACCCCACUCGUCCUAACCAAACCUGACCCAUCUGGUACCGCUAACCUUCCCACAAUGUCAGCCUCACCCCCAUGGCUCAGCUGUUCCUGCGCUCGAGACAAGGGAACCAAGCUGACUAGUACGUUAAAAGGGAAAGAGCUUUCUCCUGUUUCCGGACCAAAGGGAAGUCCCAGCACUGGCCACAUGGUGUCUGCAGGUGGAAUGGGGCUGAACCAACUGUCAACAGAACAAAGUCCUCAUUCUCUUAGGAAAGUGUCCAAGAAACUCGCACCCGUUCCACCCAAGAUUACGUACACCCAGUCAGGAGCAGUGUCAGACCAAUCAACAGGUCAACCCUCCCCUGUCAGUCUUUCCCCGACUCCUCCUAGCACCCCUUCACCCUAUGGACUCAGCUAUCAAGGGUCGCUUGCUUUGACGCCAAGCUUGGCAUCCCCCCCACCAGUGACCAGCACUUUAACAAAAUCCCGUCCUACUCCUAAACCACGGCAGAGACCCUCACUUCCCCCUCCUCAGCCUCCUACAAGUCAGUCUGCUUCCAGCCCUCUGUCUACAGAGAACAGUAUCCUAGAUGGCCUGUCUCCAGGAGAUAGUAUGUCUACAGAUAUCAUCCAUUUUGACAUUCCAUCUAUCCUCAUUGAGAUCGACACUGCCUUGAAACGCGAUGCCAUGAAACAAGAACAGCAGAGACGGUCCGCAGAAGGCAGGACAGAAUCGGAUGAAGAUUCAGAGAGCACAGCCCUCUGACAUUAGCUAUACUUUGUGCCCACCAUGAUCAACAGCCAAACGUGUGCCAAUUUCUGUAAAUGAUCCCCACUAUGCUAUUAACAGGGGGUGCCUUUAUUGAAGGAUUUUAUUUUCCAGAGUAGGCCUUUCCACGCCAGUGGAUUACAUUAGUCACCUACCCACUAAAAAAGGGAACGUCAUAAAUCAUUCUGUGUUUCUUUUUACUUCAUUUAAAAUCUUAAUAUGUCUACUUCUACAGAACUAUUGGGACAGGUAACAAGGUGUCAAAAUCCACAUUUAGUUUUAGGUUAACCUGGGCUCAAUGUCAGCCAUUUUGAAAAUAGUGCUGCCUAUCCUAGUAACCUCACAUUCCAGGUACUGUACAAGAUCAAAAUCCCUUAUACUGUGCAUUCAGAAAUGAAAGAAUAUGAUGUUCCUCUGCCUCAAUGUCAAGUCUUUAUUAUGCACCUUCUCAGAUGUGGUAUGUGUUGUCCUGGUCCUACAGGCCUCUAUUUAAUUGGGUAUCAUCAAGCUCUGCCGCUUCCACAAAGUGAAUGCUACAAAAAUUGGUAAUUAUCAUUAUAAACAUCAAGGGAGAACAUGCUACACAAAGAAUUCCGGCAAGUCAAGGCCUGGUACUUGAGUAUUACUUCUGGUUCUUGGUAUGGUUCCAUUUCCCAGAGCAUACCCCUUUAUAUUUCUAUGACUGUCACAUUAUGAGGGCUUAUAAUUUGGAGGUCAGUUGAGUGAAUUCAUAAAUACUUUGUACAGGUCAUCCUUAUUUCAAUCCAAAUUAAAAUUUUACACUUUAAGAAAUAUAUAGCAACACACAAAAUGGACAACUGAUACUAUGUUUUGCGUUGGAGGCCAUACUGCAAUAUCUAUACUAUGUUGCCUUGUUCUUAGAUGUCUGAAGAAUAGAUACCAUUAAAGAUAUUGGCAGUAUAAUGUUUCAAAUAAGUUACAUUUCUUGUUUACAAAUAUAUGUUUGUUCCUUUUUGAAGUCACUGUUAGAGGGGAUGGAUUCUUGUCAAGUCCAUAGAUGUAUAAUUAGCGUUAAUACCUGUUGUUUGUAAAUGUACAUGUAUGUACAUUUACAAGCAACAAUGUAUGUUUUUUUUGUGUUUCAGUUUUAUAUUUCAGGAACAUUUCAGCAAGUCCAGUGGCAAACCUAUCAUUUAAAACCAUUCCAUAAAUUGAGGUAUAUUCCAAAGUGACAUUUUCUCCUGAUCUUUACGCAAAAAUCAGUAGAAAAGCUUGCACCAUGUUUUCCACUAGUGAAAGUGAAUCACAAAAAAAUUCCACUGCAAAAUACUGGCACAUUGGCAAAGUAAAAUGUCAAAAGUUGUUGCACAUUUCCACAUAUACUGUAUGGCCAAUUCAAAAAUACAUGCUUUAAUCUCAUCUGAUUAAAUAACUGUUAAAAUGAUGGGGGGUUUUCUGCCAUUGAACAUGGCUGAAGGUAGUACAUAUUUUAUUUAUUUUUUAAUGGAAUUUCUGGUGUCAUAUUUUUAGUCACAAAUGUUUAUUUUGUUUUAGGGUUUUUUUUACCUUUUUUUUAACUCGGUCCUCUCAUUUCAGAAUCAAAACGAUUAUCACUUUUUCCUCUGUCAUACUCAGAGAAAAUGUUGACUGUAUGUUCUUCAACCAUGUAAGAUUAUGGAUGGGAUAUAGGACAGAAAUUAUUUACAAUUAGAAAAGACAAGACAUGAUUUUAUAUAUGUGUGUGUAUACUGUAUAUAUACAAAUACACACACACACAGCAUAAUCCAAUGUCUGCCAGCACUCACAGUCUGUAGAAAACAACGUGCCCAUAUAUCUCCAUUAGAGAAGUGGCACUCAUGGACAACAAUGGUAAAUAAGAGGAAAACUUUAUUGACCAACGGUUCAAGUCUUAAAGCAUUUUCUCCUGAAAAAAUUAUAUAUGUCGUGAAAUGUUGGUCAUUUUACCAUUACUGCCCAUUAGUCUUGCUUUUCUAAUUAAGACUGUGUGUGUAUACAUACAGUAUAUAUAUAUAUAUAUAUAUAUAUAUGGAACUUGUAGCCCUCAAAACAUUUAGUAUUUCAAUGCGGUGCCAAGGUCCAUAAAAAAUAAUAUAAUACACUCACCCAAUCCGUGAAAUACAGAAAGAAAAUGAAGGACCGGCAUAUUGUGAUGAAGAAGAGAGAGGAGACUUUAAAUUCAACAUAGAGAUAUAUAAUGUCCGCUCAACGGAAACCGUUGCACUCUAAGUCCAGACUAUCAUCAGGGCUCACAGAUUGGGUGAGUGUAACAUAUAGCUUUAUUUAUAAUUUUUGGGCUUAUUUUUUGUGUAUGCGUGAGUGUGUAAGGUGUUAAUGGUGUAUUAUAACGAAGAACAAAAAUGUUAUGUCAUUGAAUACUGUAUAUAUGUAUUUGUUCAUAAAACUAUAUGCGAUCCUAAUGUACAAUUGUAAAGAAGAAAAAUACUGCUUGACUGAGCUGUAUCUUUUAAAAAAAAAAUUGUACAUAAUAGAAUUAUUACUCGUUCAGAGUCCCUCCUCUCAUCUUUUAUAUAUAUAUUUUUCCUGUCACACUGAAAUGUCUAUAUUUUAUUGCAAGUGAUGGUUGACCAAUUCCCUAAUAUUAAGUAAGAUCUGUCUUGAAAACACAAUGUGUAUUUAUUUUUUAAAUGUCCAUUAACAAAUUUGCCAAAUCUGGUUAAAUGUCUUAACAGUUAAGCAUGCUUUAAUGUGUAUUUGCUUCCCACCUAUUUUAUCAAAUGAUCAUUGGAGUAAGAAAAUGCAGUCACAAUUGAGGGUUGGAAUUCUCCAAAAUGUGUCCAGCUGGAACAACACUAGCAUCCAUCCAUCAGCUGCAUUCACCAAAGUGAAUUAACACUAGAGGGAAAACUGAAUAAUCUCUUCUUGUCCUAAUAUGGUACUUGCCUCUUCAACACUCAAGUUGCGGACAAUAUUACAGUGGAAUCUAUUAAGAACUUGCAAUGAUAAACAUUUGAACAGAGUCCAAUAAUCAUUGUAUUAGGAGAUAAAAGAGCAAACUCAUGACAGUUGAUUAAUAAAUACCAUUGGUCACCACGGUUACAUGGAAAUGAUAGAGAUUUUAUAUAUUGGUUCUCAGCUGUCAGGUUUCCUGUUUUGAAGGCUUUGAAAUAAAUUAUUGUUUUGCAAAUUACCUAUUUUCCCACCCUGUACUUGUUUCAUAUGGAGAUUCCUAUGCACAGUUUUCACCCCAGUGGCACAAUGUUUAACCGUGUAAAGCAAUUGUAUUGUUGUACAGCAGCACUAACCAUGUAUGCAACCUGUCAAUAGAACACCGAAUUCUCUGUUACCGUACAAAGAACAGGUUAUGUACAGCUGAAAAUAUGACAUUGACUUUCUAGUAUUUCAGCGUGUAUGAUCUUUUAUCAAGUGUAUGGAUUUCACACGGGGUGAACCCCCUCUAUUGUGUCUGAACAUGUGAUAAAUCUGCUGAUAAUUAUCUUGUAUCAGUGCGUGCACAUCUGUGUUAACACCAACAACAGGCCCGACCAUAGCUUUUCCCAAAAGCCAACUCUCAAAAUGUUUUUUUUAUAAAAUAAAAAAAUAUAUAUAUAAAAUAA